UUCGAAUCAUAUGUUUUGCCAGGGAAAAUCGAUAAUCUGUGAGAAAGAAAAAUCCCAACACGUCGCGGCGAUGUAAACACGGAUCCCGAUAUCGAUACGCAAAAAAAAACAUAUUGUAAGUUUGGAAAAGUUGAAUCGAACCCCCGUCGGAGUGGAACCAUGCAGAUGAACGACAGCGGACACGAAACGGACGACCGGUUGGAAGCGCUGUUUUUCGACAAUCUGGAUAGAAGUGGAGAAAUUUUCGCCGCUGUGAACAACCACUCAGAUUCCGAUGCAGAAAGCGAUAUCUAUUCCAAGAUAAACGACUUCGAUGUAGUUUUCCAUGAUCCGAAAGGAAAAGUGUCUCAGCCAACGAGGACUGAUGACCCCACGAAGCAGAUCCCCAAAGGAAUUGUGACACAAACAGAUGAGGUUGUUGGUCAGACAAAGCAAAGCAGCGGAACAACGGCUGGUAACAAUCGUAGGGUUUUGACCAGCGACAACAGUACCGAUUCGUACGCGUCUUCCAUAGCCAAUAGCAAUGUUUCCACGCAAGAAGACGAACCGCAGUCCAAUCAAAAACUGACCCAGAUUAAUACGUGCAAGAUUUUGCAACGUAAAUUGGAGUUGAAGGUGGAGCGAGCGAAACGUAACUACCGUCAGAUGUAUGAGGAGCAGGAUUUCAAUCAAGAAGUGGUUCCGAAAUCGGCAUCCCUCAUACCCAUUUCUCGACUGCCCAUACCAGGAGGUGCCGUGGUCGCGCGAGACCAGCAUCAACCGUUGGUGGAUGUGAAUCCGUCCGAUGGCAACACUGACGAGGAUGAUCUGGAUCCGGUUUCCUUUUUCCCCAAACCCAGCCGCAAAACGUCGGACGCAGCGCACAAACGUCAGGAACUGUCCGACACUUUUAGUAUACAGGAGAUGACGAUCGAGUCCGAUCAGGAGGACGAACUGGACUUCCAGCAAUGCCGGAAGCUGUCGAACAGCAAGGGUUACAAGAAGAUUCUCAACCGGGGUCUCAGCGUCGAGAACGACUACUUGGACAACGAUGCGGAGGAUUAUGACGAUGACGAUGACGACUCGCAGAAUUUGGAACUGCUGCCGCCGAACGUGGGCUACAAUCUGAAGGAAUGGGCACAGCGAACGCUCUGCUGCUUCAAGCGUAACGACUUCCUGUCAUGAGAGUACAAGUACGAGCUAGUUGCCGCCGGAGGUGCCGACAACGGCUGAUGGGGAACGGGAUGGGGAAACUAUUUA